AGCAUGUCCUCAUUUGGUACCUUAUUCCGUGUAACAACCUAUGGGGAGUCGCACUGCAAAUCAGUCGGCUGUAUAGUGGAUGGAGUCCCACCCAAUUUGGAAUUGACAGAAGAUGAUAUCCAACCCCAAUUAACCAGAAGAAGACCAGGACAGUCGAAAUUGUCGACUCCAAGAAAUGAAAAGGACCGCGUAGAAAUCCAGAGUGGUACCGAAAAUGGUUUAACCUUGGGUUCACCUAUUGCCAUGAUUGUGAAAAAUGAGGAUCACAGACCUCACGACUACUCCGAGACAGACCUUUACCCAAGACCAUCGCAUGCUGAUUGGACAUACAUACAGAAAUACGGUACCAAGUCUUCCAGUGGAGGAGGUAGAUCCUCGGCAAGAGAAACAAUCGGUAGAGUUGCUGCUGGAGCCAUUGCUGAAAAGCUCUUGUCCAAGGCUAAUGGUGUUGAAAUCGUAGCCUUCGUUUCGUCCAUUGGCCCGGUUUCCAUGGCCAGAGACGCCUCUGAUCCCAAAUUCCACGAAUUGUUAAACACUGUAACCAGAGAACAAAUCGAUGCUACUGGUCCUAUCAGGUGCCCAGAUGAAACUGUAAGAGAAGACAUGGUCAAGGUCAUUGAAAAGUACCGUGACGCACAAGACUCGAUUGGUGGGGUUGUCACUUGUGUAGUGAGGAACUGUCCCAUCGGAUUGGGAGAGCCAUGUUUUGAUAAGUUGGAAGCUAAGUUGGCACAUGCCAUGUUGUCGUUGCCAGCUACCAAGGGGUUCGAAUUUGGCUCGGGUUUCUUGGGUACACAAAUUCCAGGUUCUAAGCACAAUGAUCCAUUUUACUACGACGAAUUGCACAAAAGAUUGAGAACCACCACCAACUUCUCUGGUGGUAUCCAGGGUGGUAUCUCCAAUGGUGAAAAUAUUUACUUUUCCGUUGCCUUCAAGUCGGCUGCUACCAUUUCCCAGGAACAGCCUACUGCCACCUACGAUGGAAAAGAUGGUGUCUUGGCUGCUAGAGGUAGACAUGACCCAAGCGUAACACCAAGAGCUGUUCCUAUUGUGGAGUCCAUGACUGCUUUGGUGUUGGCUGACCAGCUUCUUAUUCAAAAGGCUAGAGAAUCUGGUGCUGCCAUCGUCGGCAAUUAAGUACAUAAGCAUGUAAAAUAAGCGUAAAUAAUCUACAUAAUAAUGAAAAAUGUACUUUU